GUACCGACUGCGACUACUCUGUCGACAUCUUCCCCUUCUGGGUCAUACAAAUCGGAACCGCACCAGCUCGACACUUGCGUGGAGCGCACUCUCUCGUUUUAGUCCGUCGUCGUCGUCGACCCGGCCAACAUGUCGAUGCCUUUGCCAGAGACCCCGCUGGGCUCUCACUGCUCGGCGAUACGAGAGAAUAUUCUUUACACGUUUUCCGAAACUGCGUUUCAGUCGUUGGAGCUAACGAAUGGAUCGGAAUGGAAGACGUUGCCGUUGAACGUCGGAACGGCCGGUGCCGAGUGUGUCAUUGCCAAUCGGGGCACAACCGACGAGUCGCUGUACAUUGUCGGUGGCUCGACGACCAACCCGGAUAAUGUCCCCGCGAAGGGGUUUAUGGGCCUGCAGCGGUGGAGCUUUGCGACUGAGAAGUGGGAGACGAUUCAGCUGCCAGAUCCGGUGACGUUCAACCUUACGGGUCACGGUGCCACCUUCUUGGAGGACACACAACGGAUCAUCGUCUUCGCUGGAACAAAGUACCCGGCCGUGAACGUUGCGUCGGCAAACACGUUUCUGAUUCAGGCUGCCGCUCCAAACGAGAUCAUCUCCUUGCCGGCUCAGAAUCCCUUGCUUUCACCGAUGGUUAUGCCGUGGGGGACGGGUGGAGCAUUAAUCGUGGGAGGAGACGCCGACAACAAGGCGCUAACGACGUAUGUCACGGCGACGGGAUGGGGUGGGCUGGAUAGUGGCCUGGACACGGGCUUGCCGACUAGAGGUUCGGCAUGGGCUAGUCUGAUGGAUGGAGAUGAUGGAUCACGGAUGCUGAUAACAUUCGACCUGACGACUUCUCCGGCGACGGUGGGAACAAAAAAGGUCAAGGACAAGGCUACCAGCAAGACCAGGAGGAGGAGGGAAAGGGAAAAGGAAAUUGGGAGGUGGAAGAGGAGUCCCGCAAGUGGGGCGGAUCCGGCGGUAUCGACCGAAAACCAGUUGACGGUGGACAAUUGGCCCGACUACGAUGGAUCGUUGGCGCCGAACGGGACGAGGCAGGGGACUUCGAUGGCUUAUGAUGGGGAUAUGGUCAUCAUCACCGGUGGAAACGACGACGAGCCUUUGCUCAUGUUCAACACGAGGAAGAACUCUUGGGUCAGCGCCGAGAGUGUCUUCAACGAAAGCGACGAGGCCGUCCUUCGAACGCUCCAGGCCGACGAGCCGACGAGUACGUCGUCGACAUCGAGCUCGACAGCGGUCUCAACGUCGACCUAUGCUACUACUACUCCUAGCGGUAAUGUACCUCCAGCCGACUCUCCGUCGCAUGGCGCUCGGUUGAACACCGUUCAAUUGCUCUUUACCGUGUUGGGCUCCAUCCUCGGUGCCUGUUUGAUUCUGGGAUGCAUAUUCUUCCUCCUCAGGAGGCGGCGGGCCAAGAAUGAUGCCAAGAGAUACCGCGGGGCAGAGCGCCGGAUGUCGUUCCAGGAUCGGGGGGCAUCCUUUAUGAAGGAAGCCGGUGGAUCCGUCAGUUCCUUGGCGCCGCCGAACGCUCGGGGGUUCCACGAGCACAAGAACGACUCGUGGCUCAACGUGCAACGACAAGCCUCGACCCGGGAGUACGUUCCUUCCGGUACAAACUUCAUGGAUGGUCCUCAGGUUCACAGGAUUGGUGGUCAAGGUGUGAUUGUACAUCCCAGCCAGCGGACGCCUUCGACGAUGACGGUGACACGUACGCCUCCAGCUGCAAACGACCCUUUCGCCGAUCCUUUCCAGGACAGUACGGUGGCCGGGACGGACUAUGGGAAGGAGCGAGGAUCCGGCUGGAGCAGAUACUUUUCCGGCAACUCGGCCACCAAUCUCGUUGCCACCCCUCCACGUGCCUAUUCCGGGGCUCCAUCAUCCGUCUACACCGAAUCCAAUCACGCCAGCAUGCACCAGAACCCCUUCCUCUAUAACGCCGGGCCAGGCGUUGUGGCGGGUGGGAUGGGAGUCGUGAGUGUCCAACGCGCCGGCUCGAACGGUCUGAUUCUCGACGACCCACGAGCGCGACAACAGUACGACCGACGAACCUCCGAAGCCUCGAUGUCAUCAGUGGCAUCUCACGAUACCUACUCGUCCGGCAUCCCGGAGAGCCUUGCCGAGCGGCCGUUAUGGAGCCAGCUCGACAACGAGCUAGGUCCGGAUCGGUACAACAACAAUGCUUUCCGGAGCGACGUAUCGAGCAGCGUGUAUCCCGAUAGCCGGCGAGAAACGGAUCUCUCGGGUACCAACGUUGGUAGUCGGCACGAGGGUAUCGACAACCUCAGCUGGCUCAACCUUCGACAAAACUAAAUUGUCUUCCACACAUACUCUCUCUCUCUCUCUCUCUCUCUCCUCUUUCUCUUUUUUUCUCUUCUUUCUCCUUCUGUUUCUCUUUGCGUCCGGAGGAUGUAAUAUCUUGUCUCUUUUUUUUUUUUGCGGAUGAUGUUUGGGAAGCGCGGCUGUGCUGGGAACCACUACACUACACUGCAAAGUGCUAUUCAUUCAUUCAUUUGAUUUU